AUAGCACUACCAAUUGAAUCGCAACGACAAUUCUUCCCGACAAGAUCGUCGUGAAGCAGAAAUCAUCAACAACAUCCUCGAACACCUGUCUACGAGAAUUUCCUCACGAUGUUCUGCGCAAAGACGCGCCGGCCGCUGCGUGCCUUGGUUUAUGUUACUGCGAUCGUGUUGAUGUUGACAUUUGUCGCGCACGCGCAGCAGAAAGCCGACGAGCCAGUAGCCGGCGAUCCGCAAAAGAGCGGCGAAUCCAAAUGGAAACUCGACGAAGAACUAUUCAAGAAACUGUUUGCUCAGAAGCGCAAGAAUCACGAAGAAGCUAUACAAACUCUUCUAAAGGUGGACAAAUACGAGCGUCUGUAUAAAAUGGUUACCGUAUUGACCGAAGCGAUAGUCGAAGUGAUCGAGUCGAGCAGGAACGUAAUUGAAAACGCCAGCUUUGUUCCGGGCAAGACUUCUUUUCCGGAAGAUACUACCGUUAGAGAUGCAUUAUCUAGCAUUCUAGAGAACACCGCACUCUUCGGAGAUAUUAUUUUGUAUCUGCCGGACAUCAUGCACAGGGUGCUGAAGACGCAGCAGAAAUGGUACACCACGAUACACUGGUCUCUGAAUUUCGCCAAUCAGACACGCCACUUACUGAACAAAUCGACCAUCACGAUGAUACGCUUGGUCGAGCAAGAGCUGAACAUCACAGAGCGGGAUCCCAAUUAUUUUAAUCCCUACAGGAGCGCUCCCCAUUCUAGCAAGCGCGAGGAUACCGUGAAGAAAAAGUCUACGAGGAAGGAGAAGCGCAAAAAAGGACCACAUAUUGCUAAAAUCGAGUUGUGAACGUCGGUCUCUUCGCGCCACGAGAGUCUUCUAACCGGUUCCUAAAUCGCCUCGUCGAGAGGCGGGUCCUCUGCAACGUGUUGUUAGAAUUCUAGGGAAGCUAAGUUGUCGACGGCCUGUACUCUCUCGCCUGCGCAAGAAAUUUUGUCUCACGAGAGAUUAAUACAUAGAAUCUAUUUUGUUGUACAUACAAAUAAUCUAUCAAAAUAUUUAAGAUUAUGCAUACGUUUAACUGUUGGGUAAAACGUUGUUGCAUUAUGCGAAAAGAGAUUGCUGUUAUACAUAUCAAAUUUCGAGCGAAUCUUUCUUCAAUGCGAAAACAAAAAUCAUGUAUGUCUGUGUUCGAAUGCGUAUCUGGUUUAUGUGGAAACGAUUAUCACAUCAAAAACCCGAUGGUCUCUCUCUCCGACGGCUCCAAUUUCCCAAAUCGUUCGUCGAUUUCGCAAUAAUUUACUGGCGGCAAGAGAUCGCCGCGAGGUAACCGCCGUCCUGUCCUUGUUUAAAAGCGAAACGAACGGAGAACGCCCGAAGGCGGCUUUGCUUUUGCGAGCGAGCCGUGAAUCUCACGUCAUCGAUAUGAGAGACGGCUUUUCUCGUCGUUUUACUCCGGCGACGAGUCGCACCGCGACGGUAGAAAGUGGUCAGCCAAUGAGCUGAGAACGGUUCUUCACCGGCCAGUUCCCGCGAAGUGCCGCGCCG